AUGUUUCGUCCGGUAAUAUCUCGCGUUUCGAGGCCAUUAGCCGGGCCUACAAGGCAAUGUCGGGUCUUUAGCAGAAGCUAUGCUUCUACCCCGAAGUCUUCGUUUGAUUGGGAAGACCCGUUAGCGAGUAAGAGCUUAUUCACCGAGGAGGAAUUAGCUAUCUCGGAGACCGCAGAGCGAUACUGCCAAGAGCGAUUACUGCCGCGGGUUUUACAGGCGUAUCGUGACGAAUACUAUGAUCCGGCUAUCUUGCUCGAAAUGGGUGAACUCGGCCUUCUCGGCGCGAAUCUUCAUGGCUACGGUUGUGCUGGCGCAUCGACCGUAGCGUCAGGCCUAAUUACUCGGGCCGUCGAACGAGUCGAUAGCGGGUACCGAUCUGGCAUGUCGGUGCAAUCCUCGCUAGUUAUGGGUGGGAUUUAUGAAUUUGGGACUAAGGAGCAGAAAGAGAAAUAUCUGCCCAAUAUGGCAAAGGGUAAACUUCUUGGAGCGUUUGGACUCACAGAACCCAAUCACGGUAGCGACCCGGGAUCAAUGGAAUCGACGGCGCGACCGCAUCCAACAAAAAAGGACUAUUUACUUUUAAGUGGUUCCAAAACUUGGAUCACCAACUCGCCUAUUUCCGAUGUACUUCUGGUGUGGGCAAAGUUACAGGAGACUGGCAAAAUCAAGGGAUUCCUUAUAGAUAGAAAGGAUUGCCCUCCCGGCACCCUGGAGACACCGGCUAUCAAGAAUAAGACCGGACUUAGGGCUAGUAUUACGGGUAUGAUUCAUAUGGACGACUGCCCAGUACCGGAAGAAAACAUGUUCCCCGAUGUUGAGGGCUUGACUGGCCCCUUUACAUGCUUGAAUAGCGCUCGGUAUGGUAUCUCCUUUGGCACCAUGGGCGCCUUGGAAGACUGUAUUGCUCGGGCGCGGGAAUAUGCUCUAGAGCGGAAGCAGUUCAAGAGUAACCCUAUUGCCAAGUAUCAGUUGGUGCAAAAAAAACUGGCGGACGCUGCGACGGAUGCUGCGUAUGGCGUGCUCGCAUCGAUACAGGUUGGUAGGCUUAAGGAUGAAGGGAAAGUUACACCAGAGAUGAUUAGCAUGGUGAAAAGACAAAAUUGUGACCGUGCGCUUGUGAAUGCGAGGGCGUUACAAGAAAUCUUCGGGGGUAAUGCGGUUAGCGACGAGUACGGAAUCGGAAGGCAUGUAGCCAACCUAUUUGUGACCCAGACUUAUGAAGGACAGAGCGAUAUUCACAGUCUUAUUCUCGGAAGAGCCAUAACUGGGCUUCAGGCUUUUUUGAUCUCUUCAGGAGGAGAUACCGCUGCCGGCCAAAACAAGAAACCGCAAACUCACAACCUACACCUUUACGAAAUGGCGUUGAAGCGAAUCAACAAGGAACUCACAGACCUGGGCCGUGACCCCCCUUCAUCAUGCUCUGCUGGUCCUGUUGGUGAAGAUUUGUUCCACUGGCAAGCGACGAUUAUGGGACCAGGUGACUCGCCAUACUCUGGAGGUGUCUUCUUCCUCGCCAUCCACUUCCCGACAGACUACCCGUUCAAGCCUCCUAAGGUCAACUUUACAACUCGCAUCUACCACCCGAAUAUCAACUCUAAUGGCAGCAUCUGCUUGGACAUCCUGAGGGACCAAUGGAGCCCGGCGUUGACCAUCUCCAAAGUGCUCCUGUCAAUCUGCUCCAUGCUUACCGACCCUAACCCCGAUGACCCUCUUGUCCCCGAGAUCGCCCACGUUUACAAGACCGACCGGGCAAGAUAUGAAGCUACGGCUCGCGAGUGGACUCGCAAGUAUGCUAUCUAA